AUGGACUCGCUCGUUAUCACUCCCAUUUCUCAGGCACAGGCGAACCAGCGAGCCGGUCGCGCCGGCCGUACUGGUCCCGGAAAAUGCUUUAGGCUGUAUACGGAAGCCGCUUACCAGACGGAGAUGUUGCCCACGACAAUCCCCGCCAUUCAACGUGAGAACUUGUCACACACCAUUCUCAUGCUGAAAGCGAUGGGCAUCAAUGACCUCAUCAACUUUGACUUUAUGGAUCCCCCACCUGUCAACACCCUGCUCACCGCCCUUGAGGAGCUCUAUGCGCUCAGCGCACUGGAUGACGAGGGCCUAUUAACGCGCCUUGGCCGCAAGAUGGCGGAUUUCCCCAUGGACCCUUCUAUGGCCAAGGUGCUAAUCGCUGCGGUGGACAUGAGCUGCUCUGACGAGCUUCUCAGCAUCGUAUCCAUGCUCAACGUCAACGUCUUCUACCGCCCCAAGGAGAAGCAGACGCAAGCAGAUCAGAAAAAGGCCAAGUUUCACGACCCGCACGGUGACCAUUUGACGCUGCUCAAUAUUUGGAACGGAUGGAAGCGCAGCGGCUUCCAAAACGCCUGGUGCUUUGAGAAUUACAUUCAGCAUCGGUCGAUGAAGCGCGCCAAAGAUGUAAGGGACCAGCUGGUCAAGAUCAUGGAGCGGUACCGCCACCCCAUCGUAUCGUGCGGCCGCGAUACCCACAAGGUCCGACAGGCCCUAUGCGCCGGGCACCCCGUCUACCUACACCCAAGCUCAGCCCUCUUCGGCAAGCAGGCGGAAUGGGUCAUUUACCACACUCUUGUCCUGACGACCAAGGAAUACAUGCACCACACCACCGCCAUCGAGCCGAAAUGGCUCGUCGAAGUCGCCCCAACUUUCUUCAAGGUCGCCCCGACCGACCGCCUCUCCAAGAGGAAGGCCGCGGAGCGCAUCCAGCCGCUGUUCAACCGGUUCGAAGGCCCCGACGACUGGAGGUUGAGCUCGCAGAGGAGGGCGGGCAGGUCUGGCGGAGGCGGUGGAACUUGGGGUUGA